AGAGGGAAACACACACAGGAGAAGCCUCCAUGUUUCAGCUGCCCAUCUUGAAUUUCAGCCCCCAGCAGGUCGCCGGGGUCUGCGAGACUCUGGAGGAGAGCGGCGACGUGGAGCGCCUCGGCCGCUUCCUCUGGUCGCUGCCGGUGGCUCCGGCGGCCUGCGAGGUCCUCAACAAGAACGAGUCGGUGCUGAGGGCCCGGGCCGUCGUCGCCUUCCACACGGGCAACUUCCGUGAACUCUACCACAUCCUGGAGAACCACAAGUUCACCAAGGAGUCGCACACGAAGCUGCAGGCGCUGUGGCUGGAGGCGCACUACCAGGAGGCGGAGAAGCUGCGAGGACGCCCGCUGGGGCCGGUGGACAAAUACCGGGUGAGGAAGAAGUUCCCACUGCCCAGAACCAUAUGGGAUGGAGAGCAGAAGACCCACUGCUUCAAGGAGAGGACCAGGCACUUGUUGAGAGAAUGGUAUUUGCAGGAUCCCUACCCGAACCCCAGUAAAAAGAGGGAGCUUGCACAGGCGACAGGACUUACACCCACACAAGUAGGAAACUGGUUCAAAAACCGCAGACAAAGAGACAGAGCAGCGGCUGCGAAGAACAGGCUCCAGCAGCAGGUCCUGUCCGGCGGCUCGGUUCGCUCCCUGGCGGACGAGGACGGCACCGUGGACCGCCUGGGCAACUCGUCCAGCCCGGAGGCUAGUCUGUCCAGCAAAGCAGCCGCUUCAGCCAUCUCCAUCUCCAUCACCUCCAGCGACAGUGAAUGUGACAUCUGAUGGUGCAGAUCGACGGUGUUGAUGAAUUAAAAAGCAGGAUACGAGUGAAAGACAAUCCAAUAAAACAAGUCAUAGUGCCUGCGUUGAGUUAUAAAACACAUAAACACACACACUGAUAUCUGCCAAAACAUGAGGGGAUCUGUGAUCUACAUUUUUUAAUUUUUUUUUGCGUUUUACCCACGUGUGGAUAACUGAACUUAAUACUGGACGAAACAUAUUUGAAGGACUAAUAAAACCAACGCCCCCGAGAUGAAAAAGAAAAAACACACAAAAAAAAAAGAAAAGGAAUGAAGGCAUCUGAGCGCCUAUAACCUGCUGUUCUCUUGUGGGUAUUUCAUGUUGAAAAAAAAGAACUGUGAUAUUUUUACUUUACUUUAAAAAGUUUUAUAAAUAAUGUUUAUUUGCCUAUUUAAAAAAAAAAAAAAAAAAAAAAAAAAUCUGCUCUUGUCUCUUCGAAUUUCAUAUUCAUUUUGCUUGGUGUUUUUUUUAAUACUUAUACCUUGUACACAGGUGAACCUGUUGAGCAUGCGCGCUUUAGUGGAAAAUGUGUUUCAGUAAAAGAAGAAAAAAAAAGUAAAGAUAACUUAAUAAAAUAAUUGUUGAUCAAGAGAGUAUAUUUUUUAUUGCUGUGUGGGAAAAAAACAAGGUUUGUUAAAUCUUAAUAUUGUUAUAUAAAAUGGAUUUUUUCGUGACUAUAAUAACGCCACAGUGCUAUAUUAUUA